GCCGAACUCGGAACAGCAAAGGCGACUUGUCACUUUCCACCAUCGCGCCAUUGUCAGUCUGUGCUCUCAAUGUCAUCUUCGUCCUUGCUGAGUUGAGACGGGGAAUACCGGUACUGUCGCUCGCAGCACUGUUCAGUUGAUGUUGGUUUCUUACUUUUAGGAAGGCGUAUCGUAGGAUUCUGUCCACAGCACCUGUGGCGGUUCUGGGCACAUAGGAAUAUCUGCAAAUCAGGAGUAGGCUUGCUGGCAUGACAGCUUUUGAGUUGGGUUUGGAGAAGUUGCAACUUGCGGAGUGGGGAGUUUAAAGGUUGUUGCCGAAGAACGGGAAGGCACAAUCUGAAGUAGGGAGGGCUCGGUUGGUUGUUACAAUGCUUUGCAAGAGAGUCUGUACACUAAGCAGCAUUUGAAGGUCAAGCUGCGGUUAGUGUCCAAAAGGGUCGUUGCAUACGGGCCUAAGGAAGUCUGCUCAUCAGUUGUCAGAACGAUGGCUUUGUGGCUUUGAGCAGCCGCAAGCAAUGGCAGCAAGGAGUCUUGUCAGGGUGCCCCUUCCGAACCUUAAAGUCAACACAGCCGGCCCCUCCUUAGGCAAACGCUUUGGUUUUGGUCCAACUCCACCUGCCAGCCCUGGGGUUCCCAACCAUUCCAGCCCUAACCUAGUUAGAACCAAGAGCUGCCCCUUCCCUACUGCAUCUUUGGACGAGGAGGCAUCGUGGCCGCUAAGUUCCCGCAGCAUUGCCAACACGGCCGCCAAGAGGUCGCUUCCAGAGUCCCCUACCAAAACCCAAGCCCUUGCCUCCCGCGGGGCGUACCCCACGGAGACAGCUCCUGAGGAGGCUUUCGCCGGUCCUUGGCAGCAGGGUGCGGGUCAAGAGCAGGACCAAUAUAGCGCAGUUAGGCGGAGGUUGUGGCACACUCUCUACCGGGUGCACAGCAUGGACAUGGCAGUCAUAGAGGAACGGAGCAGUGAAUUGGAAGGUGCAAGGGAGAGCUCAAACGCAGCGGCUGAGUUGGAAAGGGCAUACGGCGCAUCAGGGGGGUUGGCGAGCAGCACGGAGUCGGUAUUUGCAGCGGGGGAGGAGCCUGUGGCCGAUCUGUGCUUAGGGGAGCAGUGCGUGACUGCGGUAGAGUUGGGGUCUGCACAGGCGUUGGCAGAGUGGCUGGCUCAGCGGUUGCCAGCGGAGACUGCCGCACAGGUCCCACAGUGGGGCCUGCUCAAGGGGACCAAGCCGGUAGCAAACCUGUUUCAGGAGCUGCAGGAGGGCGAGAUUUCACUGGAAGACGGGAUGCCGCCGAGACGGACGGUCCAUGUUGCGUCGGUGAAGAUCCUGAGCUCCGAGGGGCUGGUACUGGUAGAGUCGCACCAGAGCAUGGGGAAUGGGACGAGGCGGCCGAGGAACAGGCCCCUCUCCGAGAAGAUGAAGCCUGGGGAGGGUGUUGAAGCUGCCUGCUUGCGGGGCAUUUACGAGGAGUUGGGGUCCGAGCUAGGCGCAAGGGAUAAGGUCCGCUUGCUCCCUGGCACCUACGAGAGGGAAGAUGAGGAGAGGGAGUCGUGCUCAUACCCAGGGUUGCCGACGCGAUACGUUUUGCAUAGCAUAAAGGCGGUCGUACGAGACCUGCCAGAAAGGGCGUUUGAAACUGUGGAAAACGAGGGGGAGGCUUGUUGCAGCGGCAGCGGCCCUGCAGCAGACCAGCACAUUGACGUGAAGGGGAACGUGAACGGGAAUGGGGUUGCUCUGGGGGGGAGGACAGUAGGAGUGCGCACACACCAUUGGGUGUGGAGGCGAGAGGAGGAAAUAGGAAAGACAGCCCCAGAUUAGUUUGGGAUUGGUUGUUCAAACCAGUGUUGUAUAUUUGAAUUGAUCAUAGGUUAUUCUUGUGUGAUGACGCUAGCGUAGUAACCAUUCAACCAGAUUUGACUGCUGUAAAAUGCCUAGGUCUGGUAGUGUCAGAAGACCAGUUUUGUUAUGAGUUGUACAAUUAUUGACCUGGCUUCAUUUGAGUCCCAUCUGAAGGGGCAAUGAAAAGCUGUCUCAACUUUGUCUAGACUUUUCGAAGUUCUGAUCAUGAGGCCACA